AUGCUCAGAACUCUUGGCCAAACCAUGGAGUCUCCUAAUCACACUAGUUUGGACCCUUCUGUUUUCUUCCUCCUGGGCAUCCCAGGUCUGGAACAGUUCCACCUGUGGCUCUCACUCCCUGUGUGCUGCCUGGGCAUGGCCACGAUUGUGGGCAACAUAACCAUCCUGGUUGUUGUUACCACUGAACCAGCCCUGCACAAGCCUGUGUACCUGUUCCUGUGUAUGCUCUCGACCAUUGACUUGGCUGCCUCCUUCUCCACAGUUCCCAAGCUACUGGCCAUCCUCUGGUGUGGAGCUGGACACAUCUCUGCUGCUGCCUGCCUGGCACAGAUGUUCUUCAUUCAUGCCUUCUGCAUGAUGGAGUCCACUGUGCUGCUGGCCAUGGCCUUUGAUCGCUAUGUGGCCAUUUGCCACCCACUCCGCUAUGCCACUAUCCUCACUGACACCAUCAUUGUCCGCAUUGGGCUGGUAGCUAUGGUACGGGGCUCCGUGCUCAUGCUCCCAUGUCCCUUCCUCAUUGGGCGUUUAAGCUUCUGUCAAAGCCAUGUGAUCCCACACACUUACUGUGAGCACAUGGCUGUAGUGAAGCUAGCCUGUGGAGAUACUAGGCCUAACCGUGUGUAUGGACUGACAGCAGCACUAUUGGUCAUUGGAGUUGAUUUGUUCUGCAUUGGCCUCUCCUAUGUCUUCAUUGCACGAGCUGUCUUUCGCCUUUCAUCUCAUGAAGCUCGGUCUAAGGCCCUAGGGACCUGUGGUUCCCAUGUCUGUGUCAUCUUAAUCUCUUAUACACCAGCCCUCUUCUCCUUUUUUACCCAUCGUUUUGGCCACCACAUUCCACUCCAUAUUCACAUUCUUUUGGCUAAUGUGUAUCUGCUCUUUCCACCUGCUCUUAACCCUGUGGUAUAUGGAGUUAAGACCAAAGAGAUUCGGGAAAGGGUUGUCAGGGUGUUUCAAAGCGGGCAGGGAACUGCGGUCAAGGCAUCUGAGUGA